AUGGCUUUAAUAAAAGUAUUCAACCGAAUAAGAAGAUCAAAACUAUGUCUCACAAUACUAGUGCUUUUCCUAAUACAUUUCAUUCUCUUCUCAUCAUCCGAUAAUUCCGACACCACCGUGUUAUCGGAAUCAUCCAAUCAACAAAAAUCACCUAGCACCAAAUCAACCCUUACCGAUGAAGAAGUCGAUGAACUCUUCCAAGAACCGGAAGUACCCACGUUGAUCAACUUUGACGGCCAUGAUAUUUUGAAUUAUAUCAAAUCAUUUUUUCAAGAUCAAGAAAAGGCCCUUCUUGAUAAGUUGAAGAACUACAGUAAUUACUUGGUCAGUCAAGGUCAAAGCGUGAUAUCAAACAACAACAACAAUGAUUCAGAAAACUCCAAAGGAAAAUCAUCAACAAUCAGUGAUUACGAAAUCGAUAUCUUCAGAUACGAAGACUACAAUGUCCGAUUCCCUCAAGGAUACACCGAAAAGUAUUUAGAAGAAGAGGAAUUGCCAACGGUGAUGAAGUAUGAUAUCCGUUUCACUCUAGCAGCGUACCUCAAUCAUAUUAAAAGAGAACUCGAUAAUUUAAAUAGGGAUAACAGUGAUAAUCGCCUCUCAUUCAACAUUGAUAUUCCUUUCCACUGGUAUGAUUGGGUAGAUAUCGGAACAUUGAACCGAUACAUUCUUUUCAACAAUGAUCCCUACAUCUCCCUGGAAGAAAAACAACAAUAUGACUGUGAAUAUAUCAGUACCAAUCUCGUCAAAGAUUUUGCUGAACAUGAAUUACGUAAAAGGGAAGUGUCAUUAGACGACAGGCACUCACAAAAGGCCACAAAAGAAAAUAAUAAUAAUAAUGAUGAUGAUGAUGACAACGACGACGAUGACGGGAUCAUCGGAUCGAUUUUGGAUGCCGCCACUUCAGAUAAUAAAAACCCUGAAGAAAUCAGGUACGACCCAGAGACUUUCUGUCGCGAUUGGUCAAGAGUAUCAGACCUUGGGUCGCCAUACACCCAAAAUCUUAACUCGUCCAUCAAUUUCAAUGUAUUCAAAUGGACCAGAAAAUCAUCAAUCAGAGCCAAGAUGUUGCAAAGUAGAUCAUAUCUUUACGCUGGGGCCCCGACUCCAGUAUCGGUGAUUUUUUUGGUUGAUACAAAUUUCAAUACUACCGAUAACAAGGAUAUGGAAGAUUUGAUGGAAGUUAAGAACUUGAAUACUGAUAAAAGAUUCAAUAAUAUUGUUGCCUAUGAAUUCGCGGUCAGAAACGGAAAUACCGUCGGUAACGCCCGUAAAUUACUUGAGAACUAUGACCUGAUCAUCAAACCUUAUUUGAAGGAAGUCUCAGAGACCCAAGAUAUUCAUGAUGUCACCGUGAAUCCCCUUGAUUCAUUACAGCAAUUGGUCCGCAGUUAUCCACCAGAAGAAUUCGACGAAGAUCCAGAAGAAAAUGAUCAUGAAGUAUACAUCGAUAAUGAGGAAUUGACCUUCCGACUUUCCACCACCGAGUUUGAAUACGAUGAUUCUGAACAAGUAUCCAUUUAUAAGAAACAAUUCCGUGAGGUGUCCAAAGAAUCGCUAGUCGAUGAUCCAAGAGCUUUGUUAAAAUACACCAAGGAAAAUCAUCAUUGGAAUUCUCUCGAGUUUUCUAGAAAUAAAAAACCUUCCGAGGUCAAGAAAUAUUUCCAUGAAGUGCCGAUCGCCCCAUCUUUCAACGAACAAAAUAUUGAAAAGAAAAAUAAGGCCGGAGGGCAUUACGAUUGGAGAUUCUUCAGUGGGAUCAUUGAAGAUGAAGAAGAGACCAGAAGAACUUUACAUCAUAUGCUUCGGUCGUUUUUGAAAUUCACAUUUGCUAAAAAUAUCCCCACCUGGGUCGCCCACGGGUCAUUAUUGUCAUGGUAUUGGAAUAGUCUUAAUUUCCCAUGGGAUAAUGACAUUGAUGUCCAAAUGCCAAUUAAAGAUUUACAAAGAUUUUGCAAAUUGUACAACAAUACUUUGAUCGUGGAAAACUUGAAUGACGGAAUGGGUAAAUACUACGUUGAUUGUGGGUCGUAUUUGACCCAUAGAACUAAAGGAUUUGGCAGAAACAAUAUCGAUGCCAGAUUCAUCGACAUUGAUAAAGGGAUUUAUAUCGAUAUUACCGGUUUAGCAUUGACCGAUGCCCAAUUACCAAAAAAAUUUACCAACCUUAGAAGGAGAGAACUUGAUGAUGGUUUGAUCACUCCCAAUGGAUCCAGUUAUCCUUUCCAAUUUGUCAAGGAUUCGGACUCUUUGGAGAAUGUCACCAAACGAGCAAUCAUUCCUCCAAAGCCGAUCACCCCAGGAAGAAUUGUGGAAAAUUACAAAGAUGAUUUGUCGCCUCAAGAACGAUACUCGAAAAAUUCUCGAUUACAAAUUUACAAUUGUAAAAAUAAUCACUUUUUAUUUUUCACCCAGAUCUCACCACUACGUAUCACGUUGAUUGAAGGCACCAAAGGGUUUGUACCUGCCAAUUAUCGUCAAGUAUUGAUCGAUGAUUACGGUACCAAUUCUCUAGUGGCGCAAUAUUAUUCCAAACAUUUCUUCCUAAAGAGAAUCAGACUAUGGAUCCCCUCAUUCAAAUUCAGAGCGUUUUUCAAAACCCUCAUCGAUCAAGGGGAUCGUCAUUACCGGAAAUCCCUCCUGAAAGCCCUUCGUGCCAUCGAUAACGACGUGGUGGAUAUUUUGCGGUUUUUAGAAUUCGACGAAUCGGUGCUUAAAGGAUACUAUUUGCAUCAGAAAAUCACCGACAAGCACGAACAGGAAAUGACGUUGUUGAACGAAGGAGUUUCCGCAAAACUGGUGGUGUUGGAUCAUGUGGAAUUCAAACCUGUUUUGAAAGACCAUUUCUUACACCUGGUGAAUGAUUUGCUCGAUGAGGAGGAAGAAAAUAAAGUAUUGGAAUCGGUGAAGGAUAGUUUGCAAAUGACCGGGGACGAAGAGGAGUGA